AACUUGGUACGGUCUGGGUGUGUCGGGUCAACUCUGACCGCCAUAUUGAUCAUCAUCAUCAAACCUGUCUGUUUCUGCCCGGGGUUUGGACUUUUCCUCCUGUUGAAGAAAACAGAGUUUUCUCUAAAACAAGGACAAUGCAGGCCAUCAAAUGUGUUGUUGUCGGCGACGGCGCUGUGGGUAAAACAUGCCUGCUGAUCAGCUACACGACCAACGCCUUUCCGGGCGAGUACAUUCCUACCGUGUUUGACAACUACUCGGCAAACGUGAUGGUGGACGGCAAGCCCAUCAACCUGGGACUGUGGGAUACCGCCGGGCAAGAGGACUACGACAGGUUACGCCCACUGUCCUAUCCUCAGACUGAUGUUUUCCUGAUCUGUUUCUCCCUCAUCAGCCCUGCAUCCUUUGAGAAUGUCCGUGCCAAGUGGUACCCUGAGGUCUCCCACCACUGUCCCAACACACCCAUCAUCCUGGUGGGGACCAAGCUGGACCUGCGCGACGACAAGGAGACCAUUGAGAAGCUUCGGGAGAAGAAGCUGGCUCCCAUCACCUACCCACAGGGCCUGUCUAUGUGCAAGGAGAUCAGUGCUGUGAAGUAUCUGGAAUGCUCUGCUCUGACCCAGAAAGGACUGAAGACAGUUUUUGACGAAGCCAUCCGUGCUGUGCUGUGUCCACCCAAGGUCCCCAGGAAAAAGAAAAAGUGCAGAAUCUUGUAAACUACUACACCUGGCUGUAGAGAAGCAUGUGUGGUUGGAGUUUUUCUGUGCUGUGAUUUUAAGUGAUAGCCAGUAGGAUAUCCUUAAGGAAUUUUCAAAAUCCCAAGAGCCAAAUUGAAAUGAUAGUACUAGUUUUGCAUGUUUGUUUCUUACAAUUUUCCCAAGUUGUGUUUGUCAGUCACACUCAGUAAUGUAGCAACUAAAACAGAAUCUAAGCAUUCAAAACAGUAGACAGAAAAUGGAGAAUCCUCCAGGUUGUCACUUGGCACAGCACUGUAGAAAAUGGGCAAAAGGCAUAGUGCUCAACAUUUCACCCUCAACUCAAAAGUGAUGAACAUGGUACAUGUUUUUUUUUCCUAGUAUACCAAUGAAGACUGUAUGCAAAAUGUUCAGUUCACAAUUCAUAUAAAAAUGCAAUUAGAAGUGUCCCCCUUACAUAUAUCUGUUCUGAUCAACAUGUUUUAUAUGGACUGCUGUAUCAUUUAAAAGAUGGGUGAGUACAUGUACAUGCCUGGAAAUUUGUAUGGUAAAGUUUGAGAGGUGAAUGUUGGCACAGAAUAUUUCUAGACAUUGUGCCACUUUUUUGGCUCAUUGCACAUCUCUAACUUGCUUUUCAAGAAGGUUGACCCCAAUUCAAAGCAACAACAAAUAAAAACAUCUGGGAAUUUUGGCUCAUCAAAGCAUUUUUAAGAAAAGCAGUAAAAAUGUCAGUGUGUUGGUCCCAUCUGCAAAUCAGAAAGCUUUUUCUCUCUUAAUUACAAUUUAGAAAAGUUAAGCAAUGGGAAGGUGGUAUUGGCUAUGCUAUGGUUGUUAGUUUAUCAAUAUAUAUAUAUAUAUAUGCUAAUUGUUGAAAAGUCUGAUUGUCAGAAGUCUGAUUGUAGAGAGUUGUUGGCUUUGUGAGAUUUAAAAUGAUAGUUAUCUGAAAACAUACAUUGAGAGUUGCAGAGUGGCUGGAUCAUGGAUUGUUUUCACCAGAUCACAGCCUCAGAUCUUCCUGCAUGCAGAUCAGACCUGACAUGGAUCGCAUGAUGGCUGUAGCGUAUGUAGAAGACUUAAGUAGUAAACUUUAGACCAUGAGAUUUCUCAGAACAUGCAUCACUGAAAAUAUGUGACUUUUAAUCACAAGCAAAACUGAUCUUAGAAUGGCCAUUUAUUCAGGUUAUACUUCAGGUCAUAUGUUUAUAAUACCCAGUUUUGUGCAAGAUUUGAAAUAACUUAAAAUCAGUCUUUAAGUUUAAAAUGUGCAUUUAUGUUCAGAGUCCUCAUUUAAAAUUUCUUUACGGUUUGUGUGUAUUUUUCAACGUCUAGCAGAACCCAUUCCCACAGCAGUAGUACCAAGUGAAUAGUGCAGUGUUGAAUACAGUCCAUGUGUGUGGAACCUAGGAUGCAUCAGAGGGCUUGGUUAUAUUGCUGUACUGUUGUCAUGCGAGGAACAUUGAAUGAUUAAAGCUUUGGAUCAACUAUACUUUAAAAUUCAAUAUAGAGUAGUGUUUAAAUGUGAAAGGCUGAUAAUGUCCCUAGUGUUAGAAAAUGAGUCAACCCAUAGUUACUAUGUUCCACGGUCCACAGGUCCAUGGUGAUAGUCCAAAUAAGACCAACUUUUUGGCAAUCCCUCAGGGGCAGAGGCAUUUUUAGAAAUACCACACAAGGGAAAAUUCAUUCUUGUGCUUGUAAAUAAAAAAUAGCUGAUCUGAUCUGUAGAUGUAGUGAUACUGCACUUAAGAUGAAUUGGUUACAUUGAAAGUGAUGUAAAAAGAUAUAGGAGUAAAUACCAUUAAGUCUUACAUGUGACGAGUGACAUUUUUUGUGUACUGGUAAUAAUCUUUUCACAAAAAGUGGAAAGGGAAAAUUUUGGCCUUACCCUUUUUUUACCAGGAGUGUGGUCAUUGUAUGUCACAAGACCCUACUGGUUACAUUUGUCUAAUUCCAUUUUGUUCCAACAUCAUGGUGUAGACCAUUACAUAGUGCUACUGGAAGAAUAAUCAGACAUCUAAUUGACAUCAUGUUAAGAAUGAAUGUAAUAUGUGUGCAUUUUGCAACAUUUCAUUACAAGGAAAAUGAGACUGAUGUAUAGAAGAGGUGCAAGUUACAUUUGUACAAGUAGCCCUGAAGUAUACUGAUUCUAACAUGCUGAAAUCAUUUUAAAUCAUUUACGUGUAGCAAAUCAAAAGCAUUGUACCUACUAGAGACAAUACUUAUAUAAUAGCCAGCACUGUUGCAUUUCUUGUCCUCUAGAAAUAAGUUCAACUUGUUUGCAAGUGCAUUGGGGAAAAUGAUAUGGUCAACAUUGCCUUACAAUGGUUGAUGCACUCAUUGCAGCAAACAGAAACAUCCAUCUUUAAAUUUUUUUUAUAGUAGAAAUUUGGAAAUAAAGGUAACACUGAAUAGGG